ACGGAACGCAUGUGACUGCCAGGCUGAACGGAAGCCGGAUACUGCGGCACGCCACGCCCCCUAACGACCAGUCAAGCAGACGCCGGUGCAGCCCUAGUUACCGGGCGGCGGAGAGGCCGCUCAUUCCCUCCGUUACCGGAACGCUGCGCCCCGGGCAUGAAGCUGACGCGGAAGCAGGUUCUGUCCCGGGCUAAGGCCUCUGACCUGGAGAGUGUGAGGAAGCUGAACUGCUGGGGCAGCCGCCUUACAGAUAUCUCUAUUUUUCAUGAGCUUCCAAACAUUGAAGUUAUAACAUUAAGUGUAAAUAGCAUUUCCUCCUUGGAGCCCAUAAGCCACUGUCAGAACCUGACCGAGCUGUACCUGAGGAAGAACAGCAUUUGCAGCCUGAGUGAAGUCUACUACCUGAAACUGCUGCCCAAGCUGAGAAUCCUGUGGCUGUCGGAGAAUCCGUGCUGCUACCCAGACCCUCACCGCUACAGGAUGACCGUCCUGAGGAACCUCCCCAACCUGCACAAACUGGACAAUCAAGCUGUGACCGCAGAGGAGGUCUCAAAGGCCAGUGAGGAAGGUGAGGAGGUCUCCGGUCCUCCAACUGACUCCUCUAAUACAGAAAAUGGUCACACGGAGACGGAGCAGACCUGUCCUGAAGUCACAGCGGAGUCAGAAAACGACGUGCUAAACUUCAGCAUGGAGGAAACAAAUAAAAUACGUGAACAGCUGGGCAUGAAACCGCUCCCAAGAGACAAGUUUUCACCUUUCUCAUCACCAAUGGAAGACGGUGGAAGCCGGAAGAAAAAGAAUAACCUCCUUAAUGCAGUCUUGCUGCUGCUGAAGGACCUAGACACGGAAGGCUUGGAAAUAGUUCAGAGGGCUGCGGAGACCCGGAUUCACCAGCUACAGAGGAAAGAGCUCCAGGAGGAGAGAUAAAUGGUUCCAGUAAUCGGGUGCAAUUACUAUUGCCAGCUGCAAUCUAGUCCAUAAUCAAAGCCAAGCAUACAGCGUGAUGAAUGUUUACAUCGAAGAUGAAGAAACUAGGCAAAUAGUCUUCGCUAAGCACUUCUUCUUUCAUGAGAAAUCACUGGGAAAAUCCAAGUAUAAUCGCAGCCCUACGUAGGAGCAAAUCAGACCAUCCAUUAAGCAUUUCAGACAAGAUAAGGAAAUGUAUGCAGGUAACGCGCUGCCGUCUCGCUAUUUGCAGAUGAAAUAAAUUUAUAUUUUGGACGCUCAUGUUUUUUUUGUUGAAAAAGAAUUUUAUUAAACAAUAUAGCUUGUG